UUGUUUCUCUCUCCUCUCUCUCUCUACGUAUUCUCUACCUACGUCAUGUCUACCAAAGCUCUAACCAGCUUCGAGGUCCCAUGUAGUGAUUUCUCUCCUCGUUAGGGUUUUUCGGUGCUCAUAAUCUCUCCAAAACAUCGACUUUCCAAGAAAUUUUGUACAAAAUUGUGUCAAGGAGGCAGUUUUCUCCGUUGGAUUCCUGAAAAAUUAUUUGAAAUUUGAAAAAUUGUGUAUUUUCUAGUGUUUUGGUGAAGAAAAUGCCGGCUCAUCAAUCGAAAUCGGAGAAGCAGCUUCGGAGAGAUCCAUACGAGGUUCUCGGAGUCUCGCGGAGAUCCACAGAUCAGGAGAUCAAAAGCGCUUAUCGUAAAAUGGCUCUCAAGUACCAUCCUGAUAAGAAUGCAGAUGACCCCAAAGCAGCUGAAAUGUUUAAGGAGGUCACUUUUUCUUAUAAUAUUUUAUCUGAUCCAGACAAACGGUGCCAGUAUGACACCUCUGGUUUUGAGGCUGUUGAAUCAGAAAGCCAAGAACUGGAGGUAGAUCUUUCGAGUUUGGGAACUGUGAACACCAUAGUUGCAGCACUUUUCAGUAAACUCGGUGUGCCAAUCAAAACAAUUGUUUCAGAAACUGUCUUGGAGGAGGCACUGAAAGGUACAGUAGUCAUUCAUCCACUCCUGCUGGGGCAACCUGUGUUUAGAAAGGUCCAAAAGCAAUGCGCUCACUUCUACUCUGUAAUAAUUACAGAGGAAGAAGCACGAGCUGGAUUUGUGUGCCGGGUGCAAUCAUCAGACAAAAGCAAAUUCAAGCUAUUGUAUUUUGAUCAAAAUGCAAAUGGUGGAUUAGACCUUGCACUGCAGGAGGAUAGUGCAAAAACUGGGAAGGUCACAUCUGCUGGGAUGUAUUUUCUUGGUUUCCCUGUUUAUCACUUUACCCAACCAAUUAAUUCUAUGGCAGCAGCAAAUAAUCCAGACACAGCCUUCUUUAAAAGCCUGGACGGGUUCCAGCCAUGUGAAAUAACUAAACUACAAUCUGGGAUCCAUGUGUUUGCUGUUUAUGGUGACAACUUUUUUAACAGCGUAAGUUACACCAUAGAAGCUCUUUGUGCUGCACCUUUUACUGAAGCAAGGGAGAAUCUUAGAGCUGUGGAAGCUGAGAUUUUAUCCAAAAGGGUUGAAAUCUCAAAGUUUGAAACCGAGUACAGAGAGGUAUUAGCACAGUUCACAGAGAUGACCAGUAGAUAUGCACAAGAAAAACAAGCGAUUGAUGAGAUGCUUAUGCAGCGGAAUGAAAUUCUUGGCUCUUAUACAAUUGCUCAACUAAUGAAGCGGAGUAACAGUAGAAGCAAGAUUAGUAGUGCAUCCAAGGAGGAAAAAGAAGAUGUCCAAGUAAGAGAUGAAAAUUCCUCUAGGGAUAGGCAUAGGCCAAAGAAGAAGAAAUGGUACGAUAUUCAUUUGAAUAUGGACAAGAGGAUGCAUUGCUAAGAGAGUGAAAAUUAUGACACCUUUUCUUUUUGGGGGGCAAAAUAGACACGACCUUGUUUAGCCAACACUUUUUUUUUUUUUUUUUU